CACGCGACCUCUUUGGGACCUGGCAUCGGGUUGCCCUGUUUGCCUUUCUGCUAAAGUUGUCAAAAGCCGUCAACAAGGCGGAGGAAAUCCCAGUCAACACAAACGCGGAAACGGAACUUGCACAGGGUGCAACUUCUCGUAGCCCAGCUCUGCUCAUUGCAACCUCACUUCAGCGGAAUCUCUCACGGCAACAUCCCCAGCUGCAAGUCCCGUCGUCGGCGGCACAGAUACCUGAGUAUAUUUAGAGUAUACCCCCUUUGGACUCGAAAAGUUCAAUAGCGAAACAGCACUGCACUCCCACGCCAUGUCCCAACAGUCCGCCCUCCGGCGCAUCUUCUCCCUCCGCUCUCCCUACCCCUACCUCGCCGCCGCCACUGCCGGUCUCAGCUGGUGGACCUCAGUCGUCCUCUCCGGCGUAAACGUUCAAAAGUCGCAUUCCGGCAUCUUCAAAGCUGUCAUGUUCCAUCUCCGCCACAACCCAGCCGCCAAGCAACUCCUCGGCACGGACAUCACCUACGACGCCAAGCGGGAUCAUAGCGUGGAAGGGGACGUGAAUAUGCAGAAGGGGCAGGCGGAUUUUAGGUUUGGGGUGCAGGGGAGUGAGGGGAGGGCAGAGGUGAGGUUUAGGGGGAGGGGGAGGGGGGAUAAUUGGACAAGUGAGGUGUUUACAGUGGUUACGCCGGAGGGGAAGACGGUUAAGUAUUAA